AUGUUGAAGUGUUCAGAGGUGGUGGCCAGCUUGGGAGGGACGGGCAAGUUCAGCAGAGCCAGCUCAGGAGCACACAAGGUUGCCCCAGAUGACGAGGCUGUGGUGAUGCUGCUCUGUGAGUGGGCUGUGAGCUGUAAGAGGUCCGGGAAGCAUGGGGCCAUGGCCGUGGCCAAGCUUCUGGAGAAGAGGCAAGCAGAGAUUGAGGCAGAAAGAUGUGGUGAGGCUGAAGUCCCAGAUGAAAAGGAAUCUCUGUCUUCAGCCUCCUUGACAGGUUCCAGUUUUCCUGUUUUCCAGAAUGUCCUGCUAAGGUUUUUGGAUGCACAAGCUCCCUCGUUGUCUGACCCAAGCAGUGACCGUGAGAAGACAGAGUUUGUGAAUUCGGUGCUGCUUUUCUCAGAAUUCACUCAACAUGAUGUUUUCUCCCACGAUGCCUACAUGUGCACUCCAAUAUCUCGUGGGGACUUGUCCCUCACUGCAGCUCCCAGACCACACUCCCCUCAUGGGGAAGCCGUAGAUGAACACUGUUCAAAGGAUCGUGGUGUGAAACUGGAGGAUCAUGGUAUUGUGGAACAUACGGGCAUUGACUCAGGAACCACUGGUACUUUUGAUGAUGUAGAAAAAAAUGACUAUAAGGCAGAUUUCAGAAUUUCCAAUCUCUUCUCUGACGCUGGGGGAGUCUCGUGA